CUAAAAUAAAUAAAAUGGCGACUUCCACUUUCAGUAUGGACAACAGUAGUAACUUGACCCCUCCUGCGAUCCACAUCACUGAACCACCUGAAGACAAGGAGGAGGAUGAUGAUGAUGAUUUCAAUGACAUCAUAGCUGAAGAUGACACGCCAGCGGCAAAAGGGGAUAACUCUGCCUGUGAGGCAGUCAACUACAAGGUCUCCAUGGACGAGUUUCAGAAUGUUGAUGUAUUCAAGUCACCGUCUGCCCCCACCACGGCACCUGAACCAACACCCCCCUCUACCAGAGGUAGUGGGGAUGAAGCAGACGGACCUGUGGAGCAGGAGACUGCUAAGGUAGAAGAGCCUAUCCCUGAGGAACCUACAAAGACUGACCAAUCUCAGCCUUCCGAUGAAAGUUCAUUGACCCACAACCAGGCUGUUGAGAAAGAUGACAAAACCGGUGACCCUGUUUUGGUUAAUGGAUCCAGUAAAGCCAAUGGAGAUAGCGGAAAUAAUGGGGUUACCGCCCCGUCAACAGAAGACAUUUUGAAGGCAGAAGUGAGUCGGACUGGAGUCGUGGAGCCCUCAGAACAGCUUUUAAGAGCCCAAGCUGAGUGGGACGCUGUAGAAACAAUCCAACCAGGUAAACACAGCGCAGUGAGAAAGCAAGCUCUGGUGUCAUUUAAUGAAGCACUGGGCUUCUUUCAGACAUGCAAUAUGGAAAAGUAUAUGAGUAAGAUCAAGCCUUGCGUUCAGAGGACAGGGUUUGCCGCCCUCAAACAUCUAGUCCUGGGACCACCAAAGAUGAACAAAGGUCUACUGGAUGAGAGGAACUUGGUCUUUGCUAUUGCACAGUAUCCCUUUGAUGAUGAUGAGCUGAUUCAUAAGCGUGUUCUCCAGACGGUCUACAAGCAGCUGACAGGCAGCGCGAUAGAUUGUCCUAGGUUUGGAUCUCAUUGGGAACAGAUCGGCUUUCAAGGAACGGAUCCAUCGACCGAUCUGAGGGCAUGUGGGUUCCUAGGACUUCUGACCUUGCUGGACUUUCUCAUGGACUCUCAGAAGUUUCCUCUUGCCAAAGAAAUCUACAAGCUCUCCCAGCACGAAACACAGAAUUUUCCCUUCUGUGUGAUGGCGAUCAACAUGACAAGGAUAGCGUUGCAGGCAUUACGAGAGGAACAUCUAUCAAGAGAAUGCAAUAGACGGAAGCAAGUCUUUGGUGUCAUCAAUGAUUUUUACGCCAGCAUCUUUUUACAACUCUACCAGACGUGGAAACAGCAGAGAAAAACAAUCCACGAUUCAGGCUUUGUAAUCAAAGAAUUGGAGGCCAACUGCAAGAAGAAUCCUCGGACCAUGAUGCGCAACCUUGAAAUCUACCUUGCAGAGAGGUCAUCAAGAGGGGGCGACAUGUCACCGAGGUCAGGGGCCGCCUCGUCACCAGGGAAAGAAAAGACUAUCAUGGACUUCGCUGGUGUGCAUGAACUGGAGGACCAACAAGGCUGAGCGGGGGAGGAGCAAAAACCCAAAGAAAUUGAAAGACGAUUUGUAUGGACUGCCGCAAUCAUGAGAGCUUUUGAUUCGUGUGUCACAUUGCCAAAGUUUUUUUAUUUCCGAGGAUAUGAGAGAAGCCUUUGAAAGACAAUGAUGAUUGCGAUUAGCACAAGCUCAAGCAAGGCAACCAGUGUGUUGCCUUUUAGAAAACUGGCUGAAAUCUGUGCUGUCUACAUGUAUGGCCAUGGCUAGA